AUGGAUGCUUUAAAUGAAAGUUUUUAAUAAUUACAUUUUAAAAAAGAGAAAUCAAGCAAUUUUUUAUCAUAAUUAUAUGAUUAAGAAAAUGAGGGAUUAGUUCCAAUAUUUAAAUUUGAGUUUAGAAGAAAUCAAUUAAAUUUCACUUAAAAAUUGUAUGAUUUUUAAAUGCUUUAAUUUUUAAGAGACCCAUUAAUUGAUCCAGAUUUAAAAUCAUAUCUAAGAAAUUUUAAUAUAGAUGAUAAAAAUUCAAUUUAUUUAGGCAAUAAAUUUGAUGGUAAGAAACAUGGAUUAGGAUUAAGUAGAAUAAAUCAAAAUCAUUUAAAAUUUGGAAUAUUCUCAUUAGACUAAAUAAAAUGGGGCUGGGAAAUUAUCUUAAAGAAAAAUAAUUUUAUCAGUUUCUAUAAAGGAUAUUUUUUAAAUGAACAAAAAGAUGGAAUAGGAAUAUAAAGACAAUAUAAUUUUUAAGGACUUGAUCCAAACGAAAUUGAUGAAUAUGUAGGUAAGUUUUCGAAAGAUAAGAGGGAUGGAGAGGGUAUAUAUAAAAAUUUUGGAUUGAAAAUCGUAAAAAAAGGAGAAUUCAAAGAUGAUAAAUUGAAUGGUUUAGUCAAUAUAUACGAAAAUUAUGAUGAUAUUAUUUUCAUAGGAUAUUUUAAAAAUGACAAAAAACAUGGAUUUGGAAAAGUAAUCAAUUCGAAAGAUAAUUAUGAGAUUUUAGGGGAUUAUUACGAGGAUUAAUAAACUGGCGAACAUAAAAAAUUAUAUCAAGAUGGUAGAACUGAAACAAUAACUUAUCCAUCAAAGUUAUGCUCUAUCUUUUGA